AUGUUUAGGAUCAAAACGGUUCCGGUCAACUUAGGCCUUCCUCAUCAAGAAGAUUUGAUAGUGCCAAGUUUAACUUUAGAGACACAAAAGUCAAUUAAAAAAAUAGCAUGUGGGGGAAAUCACACAAUUAUUCUGUGUGAGAAUGAAAUACUUGGUUGUGGAGAAACCAGUGCUGGUCAACUAGGAGAUGAUGUUUCGACUAAUUUGGGGUGGAAAGUGUUGUUUCCAACGAGAUCCAUCAUUGACGUAGCCUGUGGAUGGGAGUUCACUGUAGUAAUCGACUUUAAUAACCAAGUACUCUCUUGCGGGACUGGUGGAAAAGGAGAGCUGGGUUUAGGAGCUGAUGUCACACAAUCAGAUUCUCUACAAUCAGUGUUCAAAAUCCCUGACGGAUAUCAAGGGAAACUAUUUUCAUCUUUACAGAACUGCAUCCUUGUAAUGACAAAUAAAACUACUAAACAUUGCCAAAUAUUUGGAUGGGGCAGCAACACAAAAGAACAGCUAUUCAAACCUAAAAAUAGGAAGGUGGCAUCUCCCACACUCAUAUAUGAAAGUCAAAAUACUACGAUUGACUAUGUAAGCAUGGGAAAAGAUUUUAUACUUCUAAUCAAUGAUCACAAUGAGGUAAUCGAAGCCCGAGGAAAUUUACCAGCCGGAUUUACGAUCUCAGAUUGGGUCUCCAAACAACUAAGCCACGUCGCUUGCAUGUGGACGUCUAUCCAUAUCCAAUUAGAGGACAAAAUCCAUUCAUUCGGGAAUAAUAGGUACGGACAAUUGCUCAACAAACAAAUCCCGAACAUUAAGAACUUUUCCACCGGAAGUGAGCAUGGCAUCAUGUCCUUAAACAACCCCAGCACCAUCAGUUGCUGGGGUUGGGGAGAACACGGUAACUGUGGACCUCUCAACUCACCGACACGCCUCGAAAACCUGUCACCACACCCUAUCACCACACCGCCUAAUGCAAACAGCAUCAAUGACUAUUCGAACACCAUAAGCCCACCAAAUACGAUCCUACAUCUAGAUAAUAAAAACACUCACCAAGUCCUGCUGCAAGGCGGCUACGCAACUUCCUGGAUUGUCAUCUAUACCAGCAAACAAACCCCACCGCCAAUUUCACCAUAA